CCCGAGAUGGUCUCUUCUAAAGCCGUCCUUGUGGUGCUUUCUACCGCCCUCGCUUCUUCGGGGGUGGGUGCUCAACUGAUUCGUCUGGGUGGUGUGAACACGGCAGGCUACGACUUCACUGUGUACACCAAUGGUAGUUUCACAAACAACGCGGCUAUCCCACCUGCCUGGGAAUAUGCCCAUUUCUCUGGCGAGGGUGCCAAUUUAUAUCGUGUUCCUUUUGCAUGGCAGGAGAUGACACCCGAGCUCGGGGGGCCCAUAAAUACGACUUUCCUUGAACAAUAUUACAAUGUGACAGUCGCUGCUGCGCUUGCAUCGAGUCCCACCGCUCAUGUCAUUGUUGACCUUCACAACUACGCCAGGUGGAACGGUGAAAUCAUCUCUCAGGGUGGACCGACCAACGAGCAAUACGGGUCGAUCUGGUACCAGCUUGGCCAGGUCUACGGCAAUAACGAUCGUCUCCUUUUCGGCGUCAUGAAUGAGCCGCAUGACCUUGACAUACCUACUUGGGCUGAGUCGGUUCAGUAUGUUGUGAACUCCAUUCGUGCUUCAGGUGCCACGAACUACCUCCUGCUUCCUGGCUCCAACUACACCUCUGCCCAAACAUUCCCCACUGGCGCUGGUCCAUACUUGCUAAAUGUCAAAGACCCCCUGUUCGGUACUCCUGAGCGACUCAUCUUCGAUGUCCACAAGUACCUCGACUAUGACAACAGCGGUACGCACGCCGAGUGUGUCACAAACAACACGGAGGUCUUGGAAACACUUGUUAGCUGGCUCCAGGAGUACGGCCGUCAGGCAGUCUUGAGCGAGACUGGCGGAGGCAACACCGCAAGCUGUGAGACUUACCUCGGGGAGGAGCUCGCCUAUGUCAAGUCAGCUUAUCCGAGCCUUGUUGGUUUCUCGGUCUGGGCUGCCGGCGCAUUCGCCACGGACUACAUUCUGUCCAUGACACCGUACGCAAACGGCACAGACCAGCCACUGUGGAUCGAUGCUGUGAGGCCGAACUUACCUUGAGCUACUACGGACCUACACCAAGAGGAGAAUUACUGUUUGUAGGGUCACUAGUAGUCUGAAUCUAAGUCUUGACUAGUUAAACAUUCAUCAAUGGCGAAAAACCAACCUCGUCGAAACUUG